GUGGGUCCUGGGGGAGGUGCGUGCGUCGGGGCGGGCGGGGCCUGCCGGGAGCCGCUUCUUCGGGUGACUGCAGAGCCCCCCCACCCCGAGAUGCGGCACCCGCUCUGUGGCACGGACCAGCCGUCAUACCGCGGGAGGCACCUGGGAGCGGCCGAGGGUUGCUGAACCUCCAGGAGACCAAGAGUUCAGAUAGGGCAAGGGCCUGUCCCUAGUCCUCUGCACCCAGCUCCUGCCCUGGCCUGAGUUGGAUCCCCAUGCUGCCCACCUGUCCACUACCACAGUCUGCACAUCUCCAUCAUGACACCCCUACUUGCUGUGUUCCUGGUGGCUCUGGUGGGCCUGCCUGUGGCCCAGGCUCUGGAGUGCCACGUGUGUGCCUACAAUGGAGAAAACUGCUUCAACCCUAUGCGCUGCCCGGCCAUGGCCACCUACUGUAUGACCACACGUACUUACUUCACCCCAUACCGGAUGAAAGUGAGGAAGUCAUGUGUGCCCAAGUGCUUUGAGACUGUGUACGAUGGCUACUCCAAGCAUGCGUCUGCCACCUCCUGCUGCCAGUACUACCUCUGCAACAGGGCUGGAUUUACUGCCCCAGUGACCCUGGGCCUCAUCCCCGUACUCCUGACCACCUUCUGGGGCUUGCUGUAAAGUUCUGGUUCUCCCCAAAAGACCCACACACUAUAAAAUUCUCAAGAAACACAAUUGUACCCUCUCCACCACACACCCCACCCAACUCUCUGCCCUCUGAGACGCCUAAGCCACACCAGGGCCCAGGACUAUCCACAGGAGGACUGCUGACCACCGGAAUCUUCACUCCAAAGUCAUGACCUUUCCUUCAGAAGGCUGUGUGGAUCUGGACCUCUCAAAGAUGCUUGGUCGUAGUAGCAGGCUGGGGUCUGGAAUUUGGGAGAAUGUUCUAUAUUGGGAGGAGGGUAGGUCAGUCAGCCAGCAAACACUGAUUGGAUGGAAGCAGUGGCAGAACUCUACCUUUUAGCAGUAAGACCCUGCUUCAGUCUGCCCAGUAGAGGAUAGGUCUUCUGGAGAGGAGGACAGAUCAUAGCUGGCUAGAAGUAGAACUAGACCCAGCAGAGCUGUCUCCUACUGAGUCCAGCUGGUUCCCAGGGCACAUGUGGGAUGGAAGCCCUUUGAAACUGUCAGCUGUCCCAGGAACCCUGCCAAGCUGGUGUCAGGAUGGCCCAUGGGCAAGAAUAGGGGUGGCUUCACUUCCCUGGGCUUACCCUAAGGCCCUUCUAGCCCUAUAAGCUACCUGGGGUCCAAGGAGGGACCUGCUUGCUCAGCCUGACCUCUUGACCUCCACCACCUCCCCUCUUCCCUACCCUGGCUACUGGACCUUGAGCUAGCAGGGACCAAGGGACACGGGGCAGGUGGUUGAUGCUAUAUUUGGUCUGGCCUGUACCCUGGUCAGGGCUGUUCUGGACAUGGCAGGAAGGGGGUGAGACAGGGCCCCGGAGCAAGCUGGUCAAAUGACUGGGACAGUGGUGUAGAGUUCAGUCAGCUGCCCAGGUCAUACAGGCAGCUCCUGCACCCCCCAAUCCCUCAGUGAAUCUUGGGGAGACAAAAGCACAGUCAGCUCAAGUCCUUGUAGCUGCCUAUAUACUGAGGGCUUGAAGUCUGCUGUGGCCGAAGCUUGUGGGUCUCAGGACCCCCAAGAACUUCUACUCCAGCCCAUAUUUGAGAGGCACAGAUCUGCCUCCAUGCUUGUAUGGUUAAAGUAGGGAGCCUUAUUAUGUUUCUCCCUGAUCAGUACCCCAGCUCAGGUACCCACUGAGCAGAUCCGUCAAGCUGACCCAGCCCAGGGGAUCAGGAUGCUGUCCAUAUGCUGGACUUCCUCAUGACCAGGUAGGAGAGUUCUGCUGGUCACUACAUCUUGAGUGCUUUGCUCAGAUCACCCAAUAGUGGGAGCUCAGGCCACAGGAGCCCAUCCUGGAGACCCUUUCCUGGUCUUAGGCAGGCCUGGGUUCUGCUCCUGAGACUGGAGGUGGUUUUCUGCCUCAGUUUCUUCCGCUGGGGGAUGGGAAGGUGGAAUCCUGCUGAUGAGCUCAGGAAUAGAGACAGGAUGGCUGUAUGGGAAGUGGUCCAGGGAUGGGACAUUGACUGACUAGAGGGAGAAUGGGUCUCAGGGCAAGCCAGGAGGUGAGAGAGAGAGGUGUACACGGUACAGGGGCCCUUGGGCACACAUAUGCACAUGCACACACAGUGGCUAUGAAACCCAGAAAGUAGCACUGGCUGUUGUCUUCCCCUGAGGCCCAGGUGGGUAUGAGCUCUCCCAGGAGACUGGGAGGAGGCUGGGGUUGCCCCUGAGCUCCCUACCAGCAAGUGGCCAGCACUGGGACUGACCCAUGCAAGCCUCAGGGUACUGGCAGGGAGGAAUCAGAGGUGGGUCCCUGACUCAGUGGGAGAGGCCUGGGAAGCUGUCAUUACCCUACUUGUGCAAGCCCAUUGUCCCCAGACAAGUGGCAUCCUGGACCAGAGCAGGGAAGAGCCCUGAAUUCGGAUCCUCCGUUUCACCACAAAGGGAAGAGGCCUGAUCACCUGCGCUCUGAAGCGAAGAAGCUAAGAGUGUCCAGUGUCAGGGCUUCUCUCACCUCCCCUGAAACCAUCCAAGCCCCAUAGAGGCCACAGGGCCCCCAGCCCAGGACCACAUUGCCACUUACCCUUACAGGCAGUAUUGUGUUUGGCUAGCCUGCCCUUGGUGCUUAGCACAGAACACCCCAGAAGGUGCCAGUGGGAGGUGCAGACUAGGGGAGCAGGAUUAUAGUGCCAGUUGGCCUGUCCUGAUCCUGUCUGGAGCGGUGUGGUGAAGAUCUAUCUGUCCCGUGCUACUACAGAAGGACUUGUGCUACUUUGACGGGUAAGGAAACUGAGGCACAGAGAGCUGAGGCACUUAGUUUUCUCAUGUCAGCCGACCUCCCCAUCCACCUACCACCAACCCCUGUCAGGAGCCCCUCGACAUGGAUGGUGUCCAGGGUGACUGGCAGUGCCUGUCUCUGGAGUCUUGAUCUGGAAGCAGCUUGAAGGUCUCUCCAGAGGGGCUGCUCAAUGGGACUGUGGUGCCAUAGAGUGUUAUGUACCUCUGUGGGAUGCAAUGAAACCAGACUGUGCUUCGGAGAGCCAGAGCAGGACGUCUGCUCUUGCCCCCCGUGAAAUGGAGUGAGGACAGUCACACGGGUCACACUCUGCCACUGUGCCUGUGGCUUCUUCCCCAGAUUUGGGGAAGGAGAGGCAGAUCACCCACUUCUUCAUCUCCCUUUGCAGUGUGUGUUGGAGCAAGCAUCGAGUUCGUCCGAAUUCAGAAAUUCUAGAAAGACAGAAGCAGAGCCACCCCUCGCUCCCGUGCUUGUUUCUUUCCUGGGCGAGCACCGUGGGGUCCUGCAGUGCUGCGUGCCCUGAACUCUUCAGGCGUAGGUUAAACUGCACAUGGUGCUGCGUGCCCUGAACUCUUCAGGCGUAGGUUAAACUGCACAUUGGUGACACAGCAAUGAUAGUACCCACUCAGCUGACCCUGGGGGCCAGUGUGGGGCCUGUACAGCGGAGGCCGAGAGUAUGCAUGGCUGCAUGAUGUCUGACACCCCCCCUUGCCGGUCGUGUCUGCCAUUAACUGUUAACCUUAAGCUCUCACCCAGCCCACUCCCUGCCAAUACCAUGUACCCACACUUCAGAGGGGUUCUAUGGAUGUCAGUGUCCCACUGAAUGAAUAAACAAAUGAAGGACAUGUCUA